AACGUCUUGCUUGCCUAGCACCUGCUGCAGCCCCCGCUGGAUCGCUUCCGCCCGCGCGUCUGCAACCCAGACCUCCUUCUCUCUCGGCAGCCCAGCGAGCCCUGACAACAUGCUGAUGCUCAUCGGCCUCUUCGCUAUCCUGCUCGGCCCCACGUACUUCGUGCUGCUGCUGUCCACCCCUAAGAAGCGGUGCCAUGCUACGCUCAGCAGCCGGAACGCAUUGAUCGACCGCACUCUGAGAUGCUUCACAAUAUCCAUCAGCACGCUGUAGUUGCCUACGCCUAUUGCAGUUGUGCGCGAGUUUUGCAGCUUAAGAAUGUCUUUACUGUUGUUACCCACUUCUGCCUCUUCCAUCUCUCCUACGUUGUCUUGACAGCCCUUGCUGAACAACUCUCCCACAUACACCUGGCUAAUCCCCACCGCUGCGUGCCGGUAGUCGAGCGUGUGCAGCGGCACUCCAAGCCUCUUACCAGUCUCUCGCCGCAGUAUCCUCGUGAGCUGGCCAGUGUCCUACGCGCCCUGCGCAUUGUGCCACACGUAGUCGCUGUAGUUCCCCCUAAGCACCUGCAGCGUCAGAUACUCCUUAAACAGCUGCAUGUGCACUAAGUACAAUGCCAUCACCUGCCCUAGCUGCAGUGACAAGAAGCGCAGCACAAUCUUUAGCUUGUCCUACUACAACUACAACUUGUAAUAGUAGACAACUAUUAUUACCUGCCUAUCUAUAACAAAGAU